AUGUCCUCGCCAUCACCGGUCCAAAUUCGAGAGGCGAACGCACACCUGGUCGCUGUGCACAGGCGGGUAGCAGAGCUGGAGCAGCGGCUCGAGGCAGCGGAGAACACCGUGAGGGAACAAGCAGAGAGUCUCAUCAGGAAAGACGAGCAACUGAGGGCUGCUACCCGGGAGAUCGCCGAGGCCAAGGAUAAGUAAGUGAUUGAGGUCUUGUCUCUUCGGGCAUUGCCAAAGCUCCCCUUUAAUGUCCCCAACCAUUGAUAUUUCAUAUGUGCAUUGUGUGCUCGAGACUGCAGAAGGGUGUGCUUAAAGGUUAUCAAUCAUGUCUCAUCUAAAUAUUUUCUCUAGGGAGAUUUACUACCUCCACGAGAAGCUGUGCAAAUCAGAGGAGACCAUCCAGAGGUUUCAGAACAUGGUCAAGGAGAAGGAUGCUAUGAUAGGACAGUUGCAACAUCGCUGCCAGCUCCUGGACAACAUCUGCAAGAGCAGGCCUUUACUAGACAGUAUGCUGUCCCAUAUGGCUGAGGCAGAAAGACUUGGGCCAGUGUUGGGGAUGGGUGAACCCACAACCAAUACAUCCCUCACAGACGGGGAGUCAAACUGCAGUCCCAACCGCAUCUCUAACCACAAAGACUUCUCCCUGAGUGAGGAUGACAUGGAUGACCAGGAGCUGGAUGAGAUAGUGUUUGGAACAACUGUAUAG